AUGACUGUCAACGGGGAACCGGUCUUCGACAAGUACCCACCGAAGAUCUGGGUUUCCCAAUUGGUCCAGAGGAGCAGCCCCUCGAUGCUUGCCACGAUCCCAGAGGCAGUGGAUCCCUCCGUGUCUGCCGAGCCAGCGACCCAGACGUCCUCAAAGAUGGCCACCGACGUCAAGCCCGCUCCCGCGGAAACCACUGCCACUCAAGCCGUCCAGGCCCCGGAGGCCUCUGCAUCGCAGACUGCACCCUCUCCUCCAGCAAUCGACGUCCCAGCCCGGAAGCAAGCCGCGACCCUCCUAGAGCCGCCCGCCGCCCUGGGUCAAGCCGCAAUCAAGUCGCCCAUCGCAGAGACCACCGCUGAGCACCAGCAGGAGGCACCGGAACCGGCCAUCCGACUGCAACAACAGGUUGUAGCAGUCCCGCUCCCUGAGGCCCCGGUCCAGCCCGUAGCUGCCCCUGCACCGCCCCAGGUGGUCCCCGAUACCUCUGCUAGGCCCAGAGAGGCCCCACUCCGAACGCCCGCUGGCGCGGCCGAGGCGGCAGGAGUUUCCACUCCACCGCCCAGCUGGACUGAACCCAGGUCCAGUCACCUUAAUCCAGAAGCCCCAAUGGAGAUCACCUGUCAUGCCCAAAGCUAG